AUGAGUUAUAACAACGGAAGAAGGACAUACGACCGCAGGAUGCUACUUAACGAGCAAAUUGGAAGGCUCCGCGCAAAUCAGGCGUUUCUAGAAGAACAACGUCAGAGAGAAGCUGAAGAUGCGCCUACGGAAUUUAAUUAUGAUGGAAACACACCAGAUGAACUGAACGAGACACCAGAAGAAUAUUCUGGUGGAUACGAAACAAGUGAAAGUGUAGAAAAUGACGACGCUGACAUGUCUAGAGCUCCCACACGAUCUCGCCUGCUCUAUGCACCAAAUCGUCGUCCACAACUAGCGGUGGCUUCACCCCCUGUACACUCAACUAUCGCUUCUACGUCAAGACUGUUUUACGAUGAGGAAAUGGCGAUCGAAAAUGAAAGGGAAGUAAGACCAGGAAACGUCUCUGUGCGCCCAGAGUUCAAUUUUGAGGAGGCAUCCAGCGAGCCCGUUAGAGCUCCGGCAUCGCUUUACGAAUGUAUUACGAACGGAGUUCUUGACAUGAACAAAGCAUCUCGUCUAAUUCUAAGGCAGAAAAGAGAUGGUUCAUUU